GCUCGCCGCAGCAACAAGACGGCCAGACCCUCAACAUCGCAUCUUCGCCGGACCGAGGACCAAGCCCACCGGACGCCUGCGCAUACCAUUCCGUUAUAUCCAAACACAUCGAAAGAGCUGAUAGUCACGCGUCACCAUGGCCGGCAUCAAGACCAUCAUCGGCCUGUCCUUUGUCCUAGCGAUAGGCUUCCUCCUCGUUAUUCUGUCUGCCGCGCUUUUCCAUAACUACCUGACGCUGCUUGUUGUCGCAACCUACGUAAUCGCACCCCUGCCCAACUGGCUCUGCGGAAGAGCAGCGAACCGCGAUGAUUUCAUGGAGAACACGGGAAAUGGGGUUGUUGACUUUGGGCGGUUCUUGACGGGCUUCUUUGUCGUCAUGGGAAUUGCUCUCCCCACCCUUCUAUGGCACUCUGCGGAAAUUGCAGGCGGCGCGGCGGCCAUGUCCAUCUUCGGUGGUCUGUUGAUAUACGCGACCAUUAUCAGUUUCACCCUCUUCUUCCAGGAGCAAGAAGACUUCUGACUAGCCGGCGGGACUCAGUAAUGAGGGACCGCGCAUAUUCCGGGCAAGCCGCCCGAUCAAUUGACGACAAGCCAAGCGCUUGGUAGUAAUGGCUGGGAAACGGAAACGGAAAGACUGGGCCGGGGCUUUUGCAUCUUCAUGUUGUUUUGAUAGUUUUGCUGAGCGUUCUUGUACAAGUAUAUGGGACAUAAUGCAUAAGUUGACUG